AGAGUGUUGGACUAGGAGCUGGGAGGCCAGGGUUCCAAUCCCCACUUGGCCAUGAAGCUGAUUGGGUGACCUUGGUCCAGUGACUGCAUCUCAGCCUAACCUACCUCACAGGGUUGUUGUGGGGAUUAAAUAUGGAGUGGAGAGGACCAUACACCUUGAGCUCCUUGGAGAAAACGGUGGGCUAGAAAUGCAGUGAAUUAUUAACGUAGCAGGGAAGUGUCCCAGGCAGUUUAAACUUCCCCCUGAGUUUAUUCUGCAAUCAGAUGGGAGAAAGGGAGGGGAUUCACCUCUGCUAGCUAGCUGAAAGCUUUCCUUCUCCCUGACAUUUCCAGUAGUCUGAGAAGGAGAACGUGGAGGUGGAAGAGACCAGGGCUGGGGGGGUGGGGAGACGCGGAUAGGGGGGCUUAGAGAAACAAAAGGAAACCAGCUGCAGAACUUCCUGGACAGGGAAAGAGAGAGGGAGAGCGCGCACACUAUCUAACGAGAUUAUUAAAAAGCAGGGAGAGAAGGGAGGAGGAGGAGGCGGCUUUCCGCGCAGGCAGGAGUUCAGCGCCUGCCCCGGGUUCAUUUCCCCAACCAUGACCAGCGCGAUCCUGAGGCGGAAUUCCAGCAAGCAAGGCUUGCAGAACCUCAUAAGGCUGACGGCACAAUGGAGUGUGGAGGACGAAGAGGAAGCAGCCAGAGAGCGGCGCCGAAGGGAGCGUGAGAGACAGCUGAGGUCCCAGGCAGAAGAAGGCCUGACCACCACCAGCACUUCUUCCGAGAGUGGAGUGGCAGCGCAAGAAAGCCGGAUUGAUGGUAAGCCUUCUGGGACUACAGAACUGGAAGAGGAUGAAGGCUUUAGCGAUUGGUCCCAGAAACUUGAGCAGCGCAAGCAGAGAUGGGCAGGGGAAGGAGUGCCGGAAGCAGAGCAGACAUGCCAGGGCGACUGGAGAGAAGCCCAGCCGGUGGCACCUGUAUGCUGUGAAGAAAGUCCUAGGUCACCAAGGCGUUCCUAUGAGGAAGAAGAAGGCAAUCUGAUGGAAGCAGAAGCCAAGCUAGGGCAGAUUCACCUGGAUCAGGAGUCUCCCAUCUUCAUCCGGUUUGCACCUGGGCCUUCAAACUUCCUCAAGUUUUCCUCUGGUUCCAUCUCACAAGAUCAUCUUGAAGCAGAAGCAGAGCUGGAUCAACAGCAAAAGCUUAACGAAGAUGUGGAUAUCAGAGCAGAGAAUGAGGAUGUCAGAGAGGAGCUCCAAGAUGUUGAAGAGGAGCCACAGCAUGUCGCAGAAGAGAAUCUGCAUGAAGAAGAGAAAAAAAUGCAAGAGGAGAAGAAAAGGAGGAGGAAUGAGGAGGAAGAGGCACCAGAAAAACGGCAAAGAACUCCAAGCACUUCCAGCCAAGAGGAAGAGUCUCAGCCUCCUUCAAGCCCUACGGUAAAGAUCGUUGAAAGAACUGAAUCCCUGAACCGCUCCAUACAGAAAAGUAACAGUGUGAAGAAGACACAGCCACCUCUUCCAGUUUCAAAGAUUGAUGACAAACUUGAGCAGUACACUCAUGCCAUUGAGACGUCCAUCAAGUCUCCGAAGCCUGUGCGUCAGCUUUCCAUUGACCUGCCUUCCACUAGUGCUGCAGUGGCCAGCACGAAAAGCCUAUGGGAGACAGGGGAAGUGGCUCAAACUUCUGUGAAGACAACCCCCUGUAAGGACAUUGUGGCUGGAGACAUUGUGAAUAAGAGAAGCCUGUGGGAGCAGAAAGAGAGCCCAAGGACAGAUGAAAAUGUCAAGCUUCCCCAGAAGCUUCCUGGCAAGAAGUACAAGUACGUGGCAACAGGGCACGGCCAAUACAAAAAGGUCUUGAUAGAAGAUGGGGCAAGCGAAAAAUAGCCUGCUUUGGCACCAAAACACACAGGUUGGCUUGCUCCAUGAUUGAUGGACACCUGAGGCAAUACUUCUAUGCAGUGCUGAUGUUCCCCCUGCUAAAAAGGAACUGUGUUCAAAGGAUGACUUCACUUCCCAGCUCAAAUCCAGCAGCCUGCUUCAAAACCCAGCUACUGAUUUCUUCACAAAUGGGAGCUUCUCUCCAAGUUUGACUUCAUUUAAACUUGGACACAGCAUCAACUCAAGUGGCAAUAAUCUAGUUGUUUUUUAAAAGCUAUCUCUAGAUCGGCUUUUCAUUCUUUUUUUUGGAAAAUUAGCUUGCGUGCUGUUCUGUACCCUAAUUUCUUAAUUUAGUAAAAAGAGAGGUUUGCCUACUUCUCCUGGCCAAGCCUAGGGCCUAUCUUAAUAACCAAGGAGGAACGUUUAAUUUUCCUUAACUACUUUUGAGUUGUGAGCAAGAAAGUGAAAGCAGUGAGAAAACUUAGGAGUUUAUGGCUGAAUCUAAGGAUCUUUCUAUCACCUAAGCCUUCAAAAUGACAAGGCAUACCAGUGUCUCACCUCUUGACUAACAUGGAUGCUUUUGAUGAUACAGGAUGCAAUCUUGAGCAUGAAUUGGUGCCCAGUGCACCUAGGAGGCCUCUUCCCCCUCACACCUCAACCAUUCCUGCCUUGAAGGGAGCAUGGUGGUGGUUCUGGCAAAGUUACCAGAUUGGUGUAUCGGUUGGGAUGAAGGCCAGCUCCCAGAAGACAGCCAAAUGGGUUCUCAGAGGGCCCAUGGCUGCUAAUACUUUGCAAGGAGUGCCUGACUUGGUGCAAAGAGUGCCACACCUUGCAGUAUAAAUGCAUCUCUUAGCUUGCCAACUUCAAACACUUUUUGCCUCUCCCUCAUUAUACAAAAAAAGGGGGAGGGCACAAUAUCCUGCUUCUAGCCUCCCAAGACUAGCAACUCAAGGGCUUAGACAAUGUUAUACAUAUCCCCACCCCACCUCCUCUGUUGCUUCUACCUGGUACCAUUCUGUGUGACCUGGACUUGUUUUUGUAAGCCUUUAAUAAAAAUUCUGAGAAACAAA